AUGUCUCUGGCAUCAGUUUUAGACAGAAACAGCUAUCAUGAAGUAAUUCUCGCCGCCCUGGCUGCCGUGGCCACCGCCGUUCCCCAAGGCUACGGUGCUCCUACCCCGCCUCGCUAUGCAUCCAGCGAAGACAUAUCUAUUCUGAAGGACGACCGCAUAAUGGAGGACGACGGCAGGUACAACUUCGACGUGGAGACCGCCAACGGCAUCACUGUGUCGGAGUCCGGUGCUCCCGGCGUAAAGGGAGCCAUCAACAGUGCUGGCUAUUUCUCAUACACAGCUCCCGACGGCACUCCCGUUUACGUAAAAUUCGUUGCCAACGAGAACGGCUUCCAACCCGAGUCCGACCUCCUGCCCGUGGCCCCCGAGUUCCCUCACCCGAUCCCGCAGUUCGUCCUCGACCAGAUCGCCUUCGCCGCCCAGGAGGACGCAAGAAGGCCCUCAGCCACUUACGGUGCCCCACAGGAUCAGCAUCACUGCAUGACGAAGAAUAAUAUAGAUGAACGAAGAUGUAUGUGUCCUACAUCAGCCAGCAUGAAGUUCAUACAUCUCGCAGCACUGGUCGUCACAUCUGCCUUCAUCCCUCAAGGAAAUGGCGAUUCUCCUCCACGCUACGGCUCCUACGAGCAAGUGCCCAUCCUCAAGGACGAGCGCGUGAUCGAGGACGACGGAAGGUACAACGUCGACGUGGAGACCGGCAACGGCAUCCUCUUGUCCGAAUCUGGUUCUCCCGUAAGCAAGGGUGCUAUCGCCAGUGCAGGAUUAUUCUCAUACACCGCUCCUGAUGGCACCCCCAUCAGUCUCAAAUUCGUGGCUGACGAGAACGGCUUCCAGCCCCAGGGCGACCACCUGCCCGUGGCCCCCGAGUUCCCCCACCCGAUCCCCGACUUCGUCCUCAGGCAGAUCGAGUUCGCUGCUCAGGAGGACGCCCGCAGGCCCCAGGAACCUUCAGGCAGAUAUGGUGCCCCGUAAAUACAAGAAAACAAAACUCGUAAAAGCAAAUUAAGGACAUAUUAGAUGCUGGCAUAGAUUUACCAAAUUAAUUAUUUAUUUGUAUCUAUCUUUAAGACUGUUAAAUAAGUUAUUUCAUA